AAGAAGAAGACUCCCGGAUGAGCAGUGCAUAUGAGGAAACGGGCCUCUGCUCAGUCUUUUCACCGAGAGCUAACCACGUUGGUGGCGUGCUUUCCUGGCUCACCGCUGUUCGCUUGAAUUUUUUUCCCGAAUAAGUCGGUCAGGAAUAUUCACAAUGGCUUUUAAGGACACCGGCAAGGCACCAGUUGAUACUGAGGUUGCCAUCCACCGCAUCCGCAUCACCCUCACCAGCCGCAACGUCAAAUCUCUGGAGAAGGUCUGCGCAGACCUGAUCCGUGGGGCUAAGGAGAAGAAUCUGAAGGUGAAGGGACCUGUUCGCAUGCCAACCAAGACUCUGCGCAUCACCACCAGAAAGACUCCCUGUGGUGAAGGGUCCAAAACCUGGGAUCGCUUCCAGAUGAGGAUCCAUAAGCGCCUGAUUGAUCUGCACAGCCCAUCUGAAAUUGUCAAGCAGAUCACCUCCAUCAGCAUCGAACCUGGUGUAGAGGUCGAAGUCACUAUCGCUGAUGCAUAAAUGACCCAGAUUUUUUCAAUAAAGCAAUGAUUGAGGAAACUA